CCCUUAUAUUCUUCAUAUCAAUUCACUGCCCUUCUGCUCCAUUCGAUUCUUCUUCUUCAUCUCUCUUUCUGCCUCUCAUUCCAUCGAAAGCUAUUGGCUUGUGUCAUCUUCAUCAUCUCGGCGCUUGUUUUUCGUUAAAGCUUUUUUUAUUAUUACAAUGAGGAAGCCUUGCUGUGAAAAGAAUGAAACCAACAAAGGAGCUUGGACUAAACAUGAAGAUCAGAAGCUCAUUGACUAUAUUCAAAAGCAUGGAGAAGGCUGCUGGCGCUCCAUUCCUCCAGCUGCUGGGUUGCUUCGUUGUGGAAAAAGCUGCAGACUGAGAUGGGUGAAUUAUCUGAGGCCAGACCUUAAACGAGGCAACUUUGGCCAAGAUGAAGAAGACCUUAUCAUUAAGCUGCAUGCACUUCUUGGAAACAGGUGGUCACUGAUAGCUGGAAGAUUACCAGGAAGAACAGACAAUGAAGUGAAGAAUUAUUGGAAUACUCAUCUGAAACGAAAACUGCUGCAAAUGGGAAUAGAUCCCAAAAAUCAUCAUAUAAGACCCACUACUGCCAAGUCUUUCUUUUCAAAUAACCAGGAACGUAAUUCUGCAGAAGAUAAUAAUACCAGAGUCUUGGAUUCUAUGAGCGGUCCUCAUCCUGAGAGUUUUGCAGUUAGUGGUUUGCCUGAUCUUAAUUUGUAAUUACUUGCAAGUAGGAUUUUUUUUCUUUGUCGAGAAUGAUUUUUAUUUUGUUUUUUGUCAUAGCUACAAUCAGUUUUGAUUCAUUCUGUCUUGUUCCACAUUGAUAAAUAAUGUGUUCAAUAUGAAA